UAACCGAGUAUUUUAAAGUGGCAACAUUUCAUUUGUCAGUUUCGAUUUCCAAGCCGUUUGGAAAAAAAGCAGUAGAACUUCCGUUUAGGACCGAAUCUUUUUCACUAAUCGCAAAGAAAUACAUCCAAAAUUUGUAGAAAAAAAUCACUUAUCCUUCGUAAAAAUUCAACGCAACGCGAUUACCUUCCGAAGCAUGGCCUCAGAAGCGGAACCGGCGGCUAAGAUCUCACGCGAAGAGGGCGUUCUGGCAAAACCGUCACUGCUUCGGCGGUCAUCGCGCCUGGCACUUCGACAGCGUAAAAUCGAGCAGAUUCCCGACAUCCAGGCCCUUAAAUCACGUGGCUAUCUUCUCGGCAGACGGAUGGCAACGGGGACGUUUGCAACUGUGAUGCGGGCCAAAUAUUUCGAGCCCAAAACGGGUGAUGGUCCGCAAAAAACAUUGGAUCUGGCGUGUAAAAUUGUCGAUGAAGGUAAAUCCAAAGACGUUGAGUUUCUGACCAAAUUCCUGCCUCGGGAGCUGCAAAUUCUGGCCAAAAUAGAACACCCCAACAUCAUUCAAACGCACAGCAUAAUGCGCAGGGGAAGCCGGGUGUUUAUCUUUAUGCGGCUGGCCGAAUUAGGAGAUUUGCUAAGCUACAUUCGGCGGCACGGCGCGCUGGCGGAAGAACGAUGCAGAUUUUGGUUCUACCAGAUGGUUGAUGCGAUUCGAUAUCUACACGAAAUGGAUAUCGCUCAUCGGGAUUUGAAAUGCGAAAACAUCCUAAUCUCGAAAAAUUUGAAUAUCAAGUUGUCGGAUUUUGGGUUCGCACGUUACUGCAAGAAUGAAAUAGGGAACAACAUCAUGUCAAGCACAUUUUGUGGCUCGGCGGCCUACGCAGCCCCGGAAAUCAUGAGUGCAACCCUCUACCAGCCAAAAGCAGCUGAUCUGUGGUCACUUGGAGUGGUACUAUUCAUCAUGCUGAACGGAACAAUGCCGUUCGAUGAGAAGAACCUAAAGAAACUGGUACGCUGUCAGAUGAGCCGCCAGUUCCAGUUCCGGCCAGAAGUGGAGAAAGUCAUCUCGUUCGAUCCGAUACGAAUAGUGCAUAACCUGCUGGAUCCGGACCCGGUCGAUCGGAUCAACAUCGAGGAGGUUAUGGAAGAACGGUGGGAGGUGAAAGUUGUUGCCAAUAAAAAUUAGU